UCGAUUGCAGCCGGGACCCCUGUAGUUAUCAGACUGAGAUAAGAUUCGGCACUUCCUAACCGAACAUAGUAUUACAAGUGACGCUUCAGUGCAGAUGGUUUUUUAUUUUUAGUGUAUCACCACGUUUAUCUACACCAGGUUCUUUUACCUUUCAUUUUAUUUCUUGCGUGAAUCACUGUUAGUUACGACAUUCGUGCUAACACCACCAAUUACGCCGGUUUCUAAUUGCGACAGAAAUAACUCCGUGGAACAAUCAGAAUUACCAUAUUUCGAAAAUUUUUUAAAAAUCGUGGUUGUUUUCGUGACGCAAUACGGAAUGACGGGGAGUUUGUCCGAAAUCCAGGCCAAAGUCGAGGAAUGGCUGCAAUGGGACCGGGACAAGCAAACCGCACUUACCAUCAAGCGCUUAGCCCACGAAGAAAAAUACGAUGAGCUGUCCAAAUUGUUGCUUGAUCGGUUAUCGUUCGGGACGGCGGGAUUACGGGGGAAAAUGGGGGCAGGGUACGCCGCCAUGAACGAUCUAGUGAUCAUUCAAACAGCGCAAGGGUUACUUAACUAUUUAGAGCAACAUGAGGGGGAUUUGUUGAAAGAAAAUGGGAUCGUGAUUGGGUACGACGGGCGACAUAACAGCAAAAGGUGGGCCGAGCUCACAGCUAGUAUUUUUUUACAUAGAGAUUACAUCGUUAGACUGUUUAGUGCGGUGGUACCAACACCCUUCGUCCCAUUUACCGUCGCCAAGUACGAAUGUGCCAUAGGUGUUAUGGUAACGGCGUCCCAUAACCCCAAAGAAGACAACGGUUACAAAGUGUAUGGGUCAAACGGCGCACAAAUCGUCUCACCCGUAGACCACGAAAUCCAAGAAAAUAUUCUAAACAAUUUAAAACCUUUAGAAACAUCAUGGGACACGUCGGUACUUAGUACCAGCCCACUUUUAAGUGACCCUUUAGAGGCAACUUUAAACGACUAUCUGCACACAAUCGAAGAGACAAUUUUACCAAAACACAAAGAAAUCAAUGAGACGGCUCAAGUACUCUUCACUUAUACCGCGAUGCACGGAGUGGGGUACCGCUACGUCGCAAAAGUUUUUGACUUAAUUAAAGUCAGAAUGGUACCGGUGGAGGAGCAAAAAGACCCGCACUCGGAUUUCCCCACCGUCAAAUUCCCCAAUCCCGAAGAAGGCAAAAGCAGCUUGGACCUCUCAUUUAGUACCGCCGACGCAAAUGGAAGUCGCGUGAUAAUCGCCAAUGAUCCAGACGCGGAUCGAAUGGGAGUUGCCGAAAAAAACGAAGGAAGCGGCGAAUGGAGGGUUUUUACGGGUAACGAACUCGGCGCUUUGUUAGGGUGGUGGUGUUUGUACUGUUUCAAACUCAAGUACCCCGACGAGCCCCUAGAAAACACCUACAUGCUCUCUAGUACCGUAAGUUCGAUGAUUCUCCGCUCCAUGUCGUACAAAGAAGGGUUCAACUACAUCGAUACUCUCACUGGUUUCAAAUGGAUGGGUAAUCGAACCUACGACUUGUUGAAAGAGGGCAAGAAGGUCAUUUUCGCGUUUGAAGAGGCCAUCGGCUUUUGUUGCGGUACUGCUGUUUUGGAUAAAGAUGGCGUGUCGGCGGCGUUUCAGCUAGCGACUCUUACGUCAUAUUUGUACAAUGAUAAAAAAACUCUAGGGGAUAAGCUAGGAGAGAUUUAUGACGAAUACGGUUAUCAUGUGUCUCGCAAUUCGUACUUUAUCUGUUAUGAAGCCGACAAGAUUACGAGUAUUUUUAAAAGGUUGCGAGACUAUAAAGGAACGGAAAGGUACCCCACGGGAAUUCUGGAGGAGAAGUACGAAAUUAGUACCGUUAGGGAUUUGACGAUGGGAUUUGAUAACAGUCAAGCUGAUGAGAAGGCCGUUUUACCGGUAUCCGAGAGUAAUCAAAUGAUUACUUUUAAUUUUAGUAAUGGGUUAGUUUGUACGCUGAGGACGAGUGGUACCGAGCCCAAAAUUAAAUACUAUACCGAAAUGUGUGCCACUCCUGGAGAAUCGAAUCAGGAGGCUAUUUUAGACACGUUAAUGGAAAUGGUUGAAGGGAUAAUCGCAGAGUUUUUAGAACCAGAAAAAAACGAGUUGAUAGCAAAGCAUGACUAAUUUUGUACAACUUUAGAUAGUGUAUUAGACGCUUUUUACUUGUUUAGUUAAUUCGUUACAAUAAAGAAAAUACCACCUCGUGUUAAUCACAAAA